CAAAUAGAAAACAAAAACAAAACGAAAAAUUUUUACCGCCUUUCCCUUAUCAUUUCCAGCCCUUUACAGAUGGUUCAUUGGCCUCUGCUUUCAGCCAAAAUUUCCUCCCUUGCUCAAUUUGCUAAGGGUUAAUAACAUGAAAGACCUUCACAGAUGCAACACUAAAACCGCUACCAUUUGCGAUAUGCUCUGGCAUAUUACGGACAUUAUGGAAUUCAAAAUUUCUUGCCAGGAAACACUACAGUGUUAUUAGUUUUUUCCACAAAGCUGGAGUUGUUGACAUUGAUGAUGAGGUAUCUGACGUAUCCAAGGUCUUUCAUUCUUAUCUGGGAAGUGUUUUGAGAAAAUAUCAGGAAGAUGGAUGUAGUUAACAGAAUGGGGCAUAUUAUUGUGCUCUUCGUGACCUCGAUAGGUUUACCAAAGCUUCGACAGGCUGUUAUCUUGUUGUUCUUUCAAUGUUGGCCUGCACUCUUUAGAAGACAGUAUAGCCAAUUCGGACAUCCCAUUAGCUAGCAGACUGUGCGAAAGUAAAGUCACUGCAAGACAAAAAAACAAACAAAAAUCUCCAACUAUGGUGCUGUCGGUGAUACCAGAUGAUGGUCAUCCUUACCUAGAAAUACAAUGGAAACUGAGCGAGACGGAAGUAGAAGCCGUCUUCCUAUCGAAUUUGGUUGAAUUCCGAGGUCUCAGAGCUAUCCGUUUGGGUAUUCAAAACCUAAAGGAUCAGCGUUGCACACUGAAUCUCUUCGCUCAUCAUAUUCGGCACACGGGGGUUGAAUUGAAAGCUGUUAUUUGCCGUGUCGACGGACUCGAAUGGAUAGACAUGAUACAGCAUGGCUGUCAGUCAACAGCGCUUUUUACAGCAAUUCUUGCCAAAACACUACAAGGCCCUCAAACACUAACUUUUCGGGUUUUCAUUGCUAACACUGUUUGCAAUUACCGAUUCCUACUAAGAGAUUGCACGUUAAAGCAUCAUCUUUGGUCUGCCGCCUCUAAAAACAGCGGAACUACAGAUAUGGACUUCAAAAUUCAAAAUCGUAUUUUUCCGGCACAUAAAUCUCUCGUCAUUGCACGCAGCAAGACUUUCUCUGCUGAACUCGAAAGGCUAGAGGAACUGACAGACGAGGGCUGCACGAAUAGUAGACCUCGCAUCGCUCUCGACUUGAAUCCGGAUACUUUCGAAGCUCUACUCAAGUACAUGUAUACGGGCGAAUUCCAAGUUCCCAUGAAAAACAUGGAAGAAUUCUGGAAAAGUGUUGCAACCUAUGGAUUGGCUACACUAUCACAACUCGGUGAGGUCGUGCUCCAAGGAUCGUUAAAGCCGACCGAUUGGAUCGAACUGCUUGGGUCGUUGGAAGUGACACGGAGGGAACACCAGUUACCAACGGGAUUCCCGUCUGAAGUGUCUACGAUUAGUAAUUCCGGUUUCAUGCUGCGUUUUACUGACCGCAUGUCGAACGAAUCGAAAGGCAAUUUCAAGUUCCUGGAAGAGACUAGGUUUGGCUGGCGCUACUCUGCGAGUGUGGACGAAAACGACAAAGUUUCCAAUCUAUAUAUUUGCUUCUUUAGUAGCCUUAACUGUAACAGCGAUCUCUACGUUUGUGACGUUAUUUUUCGAAGCCAAAAUGAUGUAAUAACUAUGGUUGAACGCCACCGGCAAAACGACGACUGCCUGGUGCAGUCGUCGUGCCAGAUCUUCUAUGCCAAUUUGAUCCGUGGAAAUGACUGUAACGAGUCCGCGUGUUUCGAAAUAUUCAUUCGUUCCAGUAUCGAAACAGUAGCGGUCGAGCUGGUAGAUGCCCAGCUUGGUGAAUCAUUAUGGAUGGCAGCUGAGAAUGCAAAGGGAACGGACGUUGAAUUUCAAGUCGGUGAUAAAGUUUUCUGCGCCCACACGUGGUUAGUUGCAUCCCGUAGUCAGCCCUUUGCGACACUAUUUAGCGACUUGCUACUGGAAGAAGCGGCUGGCUGUGACGUUUGGUCUUCGUCAGAAACUGAACUUAAGACCGCAACAGCGAUAACGUCAACAGCAAAAACCACAAUCAAAAUUAAUGAAAUUGAACCAGACAUCUUCCGAGAGUUACUCAAGUACAUGUAUACUGGAACGCUAGGUAUGGCAGCCAACAAGUCGCUACUAAAGGCUGCUGAAAAAUACGAAAUUGAAAGUUUAAUGAACAUUUGCAGAGCUGCUAUUCGUGAAAUUGAUUGUGAGAAUUUAUCGUUCAAAUUACUUUCUUAUUGAUAUUGAUAUCUUAAGCAUAUAGAGAUGGUAAGUAUAGGAUUAACAAUUAGAGUGAAGCUGGUAAUGUUAAUGGAGUGUUUGCGUUGACUAAUUUUCCACGUGUCGGCUAGGGUUUGGAUUAAUUUUUCAAUUUCGUUUCAUUGAUUUUUGCAUUUCACUUCAAAAGUUAGCAUCAGAAUGGGUCAUGGCAUUGUUGUUGCCAAUUGUGCGAAUACAUGUUCACUGUAACUGCAAA